AUGAGCCCCAAGAAGGGUGAAACCGUGGUGGGCUGUCGAAGAGUUUUAAGCAACCUUGUGAGUAGUUUCCUUUAUGAAAGAGACUGCUCAACAUACACACUCGCGCGCACAGGACAGGAAGUCAACAGAGCUUCGCAAAUCGCCACGGCCAACUACGGAACACGUGUAGCAGCUAUACUGCAGAGAAGACACGUCCCGCGUCCGGAACUUCACUCAGAAACUCUCAACAAGUGUCCUCAAACGAUACGGUUUUUCACGAGAGACUCAACUGAAUCUCUCGUUUAUGAUAUUCUACAACUGAAUGUGCUGCACACAGACCGCCUGAUGUUUCGGUUGGCACGAUAUUCGAGAUAUCGCAGGCGCGGAUUUACUGACCGGAAGGUCCUUGGUUCAAGAUCAACCUCUGCUUUCCGAAAUCCCCUGUCUAGGCUUGGGCAACCUGGCAGUAUCCCAGCCCUCGUACUUCCUUCGGGUAGCAGGACAUCUAGGCACUGGAAAGGUGUUACAGCUGAGAGAUUUAUUUAUUUUUUUCAUUCGGUCAAACCUGAGGUGAGACAAUUGAGACGAAUGGUUGAAACCAGCAUCUCAAGGCAACUUGUCCAUGACGACCUUACACGUGCUCGAGAUGCUUCGAGACACGAUGCACUUCAGAGCUACAGAACGGCCCAGUUAUCUGGUUCAGUCUCCCUAGUGCAACCUCGACCAAGUGGACCUAGGCAACAGACGGACUUCUGCGCGAAUUCACUGACCGCAGAGGAUACCCAACCCACGGGGUGCGAGGCUCAGUUCUUUCAAAAUGGGCAUCAGAUUUCGGGGCAAGAUGAAAGCCUGGAACCAUUUGUAAAAAAGACUAUAAAUCAAAGUUGCACCGUUCCGUUUUGCACCACUAAGGCAGAAACAAACCGCGAUUUACAGUUUAACGAACUUGUUAAGAAUGUGUUAAACCAAGAUAUGGCAACUUGUUGA